GAUUUCCGAUAUGGCGGGUCUGGUUUGUAUCCCCCCGCGUUUGGUAGCGUUUGUUUUGGUCAGUAGACAUGUCUCGGAUAUUAAACUGUAUCAUGGCUGUUUGCCCCAAUGCUGGCAUUGGCCAAAAGGGAAAUCUUCCCUGGCAUCCGCUAAGACUCAGUAAAGAGUUCAAACAUUUUCAGAGGAUGACAAUGACUCCUACUGUAGAAGGUAGAAGAAAUGUGGUGAUUAUGGGCAGAAAAACAUGGUUCUCCAUCCCGGCUCAGAGCAGGCCUCUGAAGAACAGGAUUAACAUUGUCCUUAGCAAAGAGCUCAAGGAGCCCCCUGAGGGGGUGCAUUACCUGGCCUCAGACUUCAGCUCAGCGCUCCGCUUGCUGGAUACCCCAGAGUUGGCAGAAGUGGCUGACCAGGUGUGGAUCAUCGGUGGGAGCUCGGUGUAUAAGGAGGCGAUGGAGAGCGCUGGACACAAGCGUCUGUUUGUAACAAGGAUUCAGAAGCAGUUUGACUGUGACACUUUCAUUCCUAACAUCGACCUGGAUAAGUACAAGCUGCUGCCCAAGUUCUCCGGUGUCCCGGGCGGGAUACAGGAAGAAAACGGCCUGCAGUACGUCUUCGAAGUGUACGAGAGCACGGACCACUGAUGAGGAACUUCGCAAGCAUGCAGGCACACAUCGCUGCUAUCCAUCCUCCACAUCUCAUGGCUCAUGUCAUUGGUGUGAAAAGGACAAUAUAUAUAGGCGAGUUUGUGCCUCUGCUAUUAAAAGUGUUCAUCUCCA